AUGAAGUUCCACUACACACACCUCCUCUUCUUUUGUUCAGCUGGUCUGAUCCUGUGCUCUGAACAUGAAACUCGUCUAGUUGAAGAUUUAUUCAAGAACUACAACAAAGUAGUGCGCCCGGUGGAAGAUCAUCGUGAGGCUGUUGUAGUCACAGUUGGGCUGCAGCUUAUUCAGCUUAUUAAUGUGGAUGAAGUAAAUCAGAUUGUAACAACCAAUGUACGCCUGAAACAGCAAUGGACAGAUGUCAACCUAAAAUGGAAUCCAGAAGAAUAUGGUGGGUUGAAAAAAAUUCGUAUCUCAUCUGAGAUAAUCUGGCGCCCCGAUCUUGUUCUUUAUAACAAUGCAGAUGGUGAAUUUGCUAUUGAUCAAUUCACCAAAGUUCUUUUAGAACAUACAGGCAAGAUCACAUGGACACCACCAGCAAUUUUUAAAAGUUACUGUGAAAUUAUAGUCACACACUUUCCAUUUGACCAGCAGAACUGCAGUAUGAAGUUGGGCACUUGGACGUAUGAUGGUACAGUGGUUGUUAUAAAUCCGGAGAGUGAUCGCCCAGAUAUGAGCAACUUUAUGGAGAGCGGCGAGUGGGUGAUGAAAGAUUACCGGAGCUGGAAGCACUUUGUUUACUAUGCCUGUUGCCCUGACACCCCAUAUCUGGAUAUUACCUACCACUUCCUCAUGCAGCGCUUGCCUCUCUACUUCAUUGUCAAUGUCAUCAUUCCCUGUCUGCUCUUCUCGUUUUUAACUGGGUUAGUGUUUUAUCUGCCCACCGAUUCAGGUGAGAAGAUGACUUUGAGCAUUUCUGUUUUGCUGUCUUUGACUGUGUUCCUUCUGGUCAUUGUGGAGCUGAUUCCUUCUACUUCAAGUGCAGUGCCCUUAAUAGGCAAAUACAUGUUAUUUACCAUGGUGUUUGUCAUAGCGUCAAUCAUCAUUACCGUCAUUGUAAUCAACACCCACCAUCGCUCCCCAAGUACCCAUAUUAUGCCACAGUGGGUGAGGAAGAUCUUUAUUGACACAAUCCCAAAUGUUAUGUUUUUUUCAACAAUGAAACGACCAUCCAGGGAUAAACAAGAAAAAAGGAUUUUUACAGAAGACAUUGAUAUUUCGGAAAUCUCUGGAAAACCAUGUCCUGCUGCCGUCAACUUCCACUCCCCACUUACCAAAAACCCAGAUGUGAAAAGUGCUAUAGAGGGAAUCAAAUACAUUGCUGAAACGAUGAAAUCAGACCAAGAAUCCAGUAAUGCUGCAGAAGAAUGGAAGUUUGUUGCAAUGGUAAUUGAUCACCUUCUCCUUGGUAUCUUCAUGCUGGUUUGCAUUAUUGGAACAUUGGCCGUGUUUGCUGGUCGUCUUAUUGAAUUAAAUCAAGAAGGAUGA